GCGGGGCGGGAGCGGGCCCGCCCCGCCGGGUGGCCAUGUUGCAGCCCCAGCAGCAGGCGGCGGGGAGUGUAGCGAUGGCUGUGGCCGUGGGCAGAGCGGCGAAUGAUGACCUUAGGAACCUGUCUCUCUCUGGCCAUGUGGGCUUUGACAGCCUUCCCGAUCAGCUGGUCAACAAGUCAACGUCACAGGGCUUCUGCUUCAACAUCCUCUGUGUGGGUGAAACUGGCAUCGGCAAGUCAACAUUGAUGGAUACUCUGUUCAAUACAAAAUUUGAAAGUGAGCCUGCUACACACAAUGAGCCUGGUGUGAGAUUGAAAGCCAGGAGUUACGAGCUCCAGGAGAGUAAUGUCCGUCUGAAGCUGACCAUUGUCGACACAGUUGGAUUUGGAGAUCAAAUUAACAAAGAUGACAGCUACAAGCCCAUAGUAGAGUACAUUGAUGCACAGUUUGAAGCCUACUUGCAAGAAGAGCUGAAGAUCAAACGAUCCCUGUUCAAUUACCAUGACACCAGAAUUCAUGCCUGCCUGUAUUUCAUUGCACCAACUGGACACUCACUGAAAUCCCUAGAUUUGGUCACCAUGAAGAAGCUCGACAGUAAGGUGAACAUCAUCCCCAUCAUUGCCAAGGCCGACACCAUUGCGAAAAAUGAAUUGCACAAGUUCAAGAGUAAAAUCAUGAGUGAGCUGGUCAGCAAUGGUGUCCAGAUCUACCAGUUCCCAACAGAUGAAGAGACGGUGGCCGAGAUCAAUGCCACAAUGAGUGUCCACCUUCCAUUUGCCGUAGUUGGCAGCACUGAAGAAGUGAAGAUUGGCAACAAGAUGGCAAAAGCCAGGCAGUACCCCUGGGGUGUUGUCCAGGUUGAAAAUGAAAAUCACUGUGACUUUGUGAAGUUGCGGGAGAUGCUGAUCCGAGUGAACAUGGAGGACUUGAGAGAGCAGACACACACCCGACACUAUGAGCUGUACAGGCGCUGCAAGCUAGAAGAAAUGGGAUUCAAGGACACAGAUCCCGACAGCAAGCCUUUCAGUCUCCAAGAGACUUAUGAAGCAAAGAGGAACGAAUUCCUGGGUGAACUCCAGAAGAAGGAGGAUGAAAUGAGGCAGAUGUUUGUCAUGAGAGUGAAGGAAAAGGAAGCAGAAUUGAAAGAAGCUGAGAAAGAUCUUCAUGAAAAGUUUGAUCAUCUAAAGAGGACUCACCAAGAGGAGAAGAAAAAAGUGGAAGACAAAAAGAAGGAGCUUGAGGAAGAGCUGAACAACUUUCAAAAGAAGAAGGCAGCAGCUCAGCUAUUACAGUCACAGGCUCAGCAGGCAGGUUCUCAACAAACCAAGAAAGACAAGGACAAGAAAAAGUGGGAUUUGAUUUCUUCAACUUGGACAACGGAGACUUUCCACUGUGCUGUACAAGCUGGAGGAAAGGCUCAGCACCAAAGCUGCUGCUGGCACAACUCCAUGAGAUAGACAUCUUGGCCCCUUCCAGGCUAUCUCUGCAGGAACAAGUGCAAGCUUCACAUAAAGCCUGUCAAGCCAAGGAUGUUCCUGCAUUCACCUGCUUUUGCAGUAAUGUUUCUGCCAUCUGUUUUUUCUUUUUUUUUUUUUCUCGUUUUUAACAUGAAUAACUAUUAACUCAUCUAAUAACAUAGAGGGAACAAGAAGGAAGAAGGGUUGGGUGCAGGACUGUGUACAGCAGGAGACUGAGGGUGGGAGGAAGGGAGGGAAGCGAAUGAUACCACGUAUUUUUCUGGUCCAAACCAGUAAUGGUAAAUCACUCUUGGCCCAGGUCUGAACUGAGAGUCAGGGCUGGAGUUGAAUUCUACCUGUAUCCCUUCAGUAGCUAAUGCGUUAGAGCAAAAUGAGCCCUGCUGUUGGGGUGGGUUUAGGGGAGGGGGGUAUCUGUGUGUAGAUAACAAAAAUUUAACUGACCUUGCAUGCUAUUACAUUUGCAUGAUUUUUUUUUUUAAUUAGCUGCUGUUUUUGUUGACUGACUGGAUAAUAUGAGUUUGUUGUCACGUGCUGGCAUAUUUUUACAGCCACCCUUGCAGGUCAGCGUAGUAGCUCCUUGCUGAAUGCGGUGGUGGGAACUGAGCGGUGCUGCAGGUACCUGGAAGAGGGACCGCUUCUCAUGCUUUCCAUGCACUGCUUGCCAUUGAAACCCCCACUUAAAAGAGUGCCGGGUUCUCAGUCUGUUAGCAAGACGUAGCAGCCCAAAUGCCCAGGCAGGGGAAGGCGUACCUUUUGACAUCCCCCUGCUGCCUUUGGGAGCGUUCCUGCCCACACAUAAAUACAAACCCUGUAGUUGCAGGAUCCAGGUUUUCAUGCUGAGAGAAUAAUGCCAUUUUAUCAACCCAAUGGUGGUUAAUGUAAAAGGUGGGAAUUAGGGUCCCCAUCCCUGGAGCUGCACGCUCCAGAGCAGAAAACACGUGCCAAUUCCUGCAUGUUGAUGGAUGACUGCCCCAUUGCCUGAAAAGCAUCAGAAAGUUAGCACCACCAACCGUGGGGAGCUCUGCACAACAGGUUACAGUCUGAGCGAAGGGCUUUCUCCAGACGGAUUCAUGUUGAGGAGGGGCCGGAGGUUUGUCACAACCUACAGGUGACUUGAGCUCCUUGUGGGGAUGGAGAGAGGCCGAGCGGGGAGAUGUGACAUACAAACAAGACAACUAUAGCAUAACCAGGCCUCUCUCUGUGGCCAGCACGGUGUGAAAUCUGUCUGCUUAAUGUGUAUUUUCUAUGCCGUUGCUUUUUGGACAGAAUCUUUCCCUUCCUACCCAAGAAGUGGCGAGCCAUGCUUACCCUUUGACUGCUGGAUUUCUUUCUCUUCUGCUGAUGUACUGCCAGCAUUGUCUCUGCUCCUAGCUAGGUAGUCUUCUCUUUCUUUCUUUAAAGCACUCCUAAAAAUAACUCUCUCCACCUAAGUCUCGUGCACUGCAGUUCAUUGCUUGCUUCUGGGAUGGAAUUCUUGCCUUUCUGAAUGUUCAAAAAAAAAAGUCAGAAUUGUCACCUUUUCUGAAACAAGUCAGAAUUACCACAUUUUUUGGAGAGUUGGGUGAGGGAAUGCGUUUAGGAGUUGACUUUAUUUAUUUAUUUUUUUAAAUUUAUGCUUUUUUACCCUUACCACUUAAACAUGGCUUUGGGAAGAGGAAAUACAAAUGCAGCGUCUUGAACAGGCAGCAAAAAUUGGAGAUGAGUAAGCUGGGGAUAAAAGUCAUCGUCUUUUCUUUUGAUCACACCUCCUGGUCUUAUCAACCAUGAUGUGCUUCCAUCAGGUUAAAUUGGUUUGUUAGGGAGCUAUUUAGAAAAACGAAACUAUGGUGCGUCUGGCAAACUCAAGUUUAAGAUCUUGAGUUAUCAAGGGAGAAAUCUGUUUGCUGGCACGAGUUAUUUAGUCACAUCACAUGCUCCUGUCUCAAGCCUGAAUGCUCGUGGCAGUGCGCUUUGCUUCAGCUGUCUCUGUGCGUGUCCUCUCUUUAAUUACCAGCAAUUUGUGCCAAGUAGAAAACUUAUUUUUACCAUUUAUUUGUCCUGCUUCGUUUGACAGCCUUUCCAAGGGAUGUUGGCAGGAGAAGUCAGCUGAGUCUAGCGGUUUUUGUUUUUCUGACAGAAAGCUGUGGCCAAAUGCAUUAAUGUCUCUUUGAUUGGGUUUCUUCCUCCAGCGAGAAGCAAGCUGUUUUGGGGAAGCUGGGCUUAAACCAUCAACUUGCUAAAGUGAAAGAUAUUGUUUUGUUUCCUCUGCCAAAGGAGAUGUUAAAAUCUUUUUCUCCUCAGUCCCCCGGGCCAUGUUUAGCUGGUUAUUGCUGCACUUCUUUCUUUUCUUUGCUUACACUUUUUUCACAGUAGUCCCUGGUUCUGCAUGGAGUAAGCGAUGCUUUCAGUCUAGCUGGAUAUGCUUUCACCUUGCAUGUAAGUACAAUAGUAAGAGAUGAACCUUUCUGCUCAGCGCUGAUAUGAGCAAACCAGUUGUGUUUUUAUGGGGGCUUCUUUAAGUCCACUUCCUUACAAGUGGCAUCGUUAAAAACCAUUUUAAAACUUUCUGUAAUAACCUGCUUUUGCUGAGAUUUUGAAGGGGAAAAAAAAAAAGCCAUAGGGAACAUAACAUCUAGGUGCUGCUGAAUGUCUGAAGUUACCCUGCACAGCUUCUCUACGGGUCUGCUGGUGACACUGGGGACAGAGGCAUGGUUGCGUUGCUCAUGAGGCAUUGCGAACUUCAGUGUGGUGAAACAACAGUGAUCAGUAGCUGCUAACGCUGCACGUCCCUGACACUUUUAUAAACCUGAGAAUAGUAUAGAUGAGCAGGAAAGCAUACGGACACGUAUUUCUGGGAUGAUGGUGUUCCCUGGGCAGGGAAUGAACCCCAGAGGUGAAAAGGGAACACAAGGCAGGCUGCUGAGAAGGGGCCGUGAUGGCUCUGCAGAGGUGGGCACGCGUGUGUCCGGCAGGGCGGGGGUUACCUUCUGGUAGGCAGUGAGUGGCACCCACCCCACACUCCUCUGUGUCCUGAAAACCACAGUAUGUGUUGCGCUGCGGCGUGUGUGCUUUUGACAGCUUGAAAUCCCGUGAAGGAGAUUUGUAUCUCAGCGUCUCUCUCUAAGCAUGCCCUUACCUAUCAUGAGCAGUGUUUCUGUGGGUAGUCCUCAUUCUGCUCCUCUUUACACGUCCGAGUACGGGUGGAAAUGUCUGUGUGUGUGUGACCGUGCCAGGUGUGUCCAUCUGAACCCAGCUACCACUCGCCCUCUGAGAAGUCAGCAGUGCGCAUUUGUCUCUCUCCAAGGGCCCUGGCUGCAUUUGCGGCAUGCGAUAUCCAUGUCACUCUUGUUAGCAUGGACAAUACAGAUAUGAAGGGUUUUUUAAUUAACGGAAAAUAAAGCUGUGAACAGCGGUAGAAAUAUUGUAUUUGUAUACAUUUUUAAUAUUCUGAUUGCCUUAAACUAUAGAUGUAGAACUUUAUUACCUUGCUAUUUGAAAAUAACCCAUGUUUGUUACUAAAUAAUUGUGUAACCUACAUACAGUGUUAAUGCAAAUUAUAUGUAUGCAUCUGUUAGAUAUUGUCACUUUAUUUGAUGUUAAAAUAUUUUUUUUUAAUUACAAAUUGAAUAAUAACCUCCUAGCAUAAGCUCAGUUCUUUCUUGUAUAUGCUUUAGGCUGCGUACACAAGCAGUGCCAGCACUUGAAGUGGGGAGAGGAAAUAUAUUUUUACCCAAACGC